AUCUGCCAGUAAUGCAACUCUGAUAUAGGCACAAGCACAUGCUUGAAUGAAAUGCUUGUCAAGUUCCUAUCGUUUCAUGUUUAAGCGGAUAUAUUUUUUUACAGGGUCUUUUUGUUUCGCCUCUUUUUGGUUACGACAAGGUUAAAAUCACAUAUUAUUCCUUUUUGAAACCAGGGUCUAAACUUGAACUUUGUUAAAAUGGCUGAAAUGGAUGAUCAUCACUUCGAAACCGGAGAUUCUGGUGCUUCUCAGACUUUCCCUAUGCAAUGUUCCGCAUUGCGUAAAAACGGUUUUGUAAUGCUCAAGGGUAGACCCUGUAAAAUCGUUGAAAUGUCUACAUCCAAAACAGGCAAACACGGUCAUGCUAAAGUCCAUUUGGUCGGAAUUGAUAUCUUCACAAAUAAGAAGUAUGAAGAUAUCUGUCCAUCCACUCACAAUAUGGAUGUCCCUCAUGUUAAGAGAGAAGAUUAUCAAUUGACCGAUAUCAGUGAUGACGGAUACUUGACUUUGAUGUCUGACAACGGUGAAAUCAGAGAAGAUCUUAAAUUGCCAGAAGGUGACUUGGGUAAUUCCUUGAGAACCGACUUCGAUAAUGGCAAAGAUCUUUUGUGUACUGUCCUUAAGUCUUGCGGCGAAGAAUGCGUUAUUGCCAUUAAGACUAAUACAGCUCUUGACAAGUAGAGCGUGUAUUUUGUGUGUAGUGAGUUCAUUUUAUUUUUGUUUUUAAGAAAAUACGUACCAACCAACAGCUACAACAAACAAGAAAUAAAUUUUUUGAUAAAAAAUAAGAAUAAAUAAGGACUUGUAUAAUUCUAGUUGCUGCAAAUUUCUUUUGCAUUUAAAAUGAGAAAAGCAAAUACUGAAAAAAACAAUGUGAAGUAUAAUUCUUAAACACGAUAACAUAUUUUAUACUAUGAUUAUUACAUAUAUAUGUAUCUGUUCUAUAACCGUAGUUUUAUACCGAAACAGGAAGAUAAAUGUACAUCUAAUUUGUUUACUCGCUACAAACAAAUAGCAAAGCCGAUUUUUAAAAAAUACCAUCUUCGCUAAAAGAAAUUUAAAAUAUUUCUCAAAACUUUAAAUGCAAAAUAAAAAUCAUCAAUUAGUAUAUUUAAUCGCCGUCUAAGUUGUGUUUGCCGCAAACACAACAAAGGCAACAAAUAAAGGAAUUUCAUAAAAUAAACUAAAUUUUAUACUUUAAUAAAAAAGAUAAAAAACUUAA